ACCGAAACUAGAAUUUAUGUAUGUAUAGCUCUCUUUUUGCGAAAGAGUAAAGCAAGCUAGCAACCAUGCUCUUCUUCACCCUUCUUCUUGAUUUUCACUUAUCUAAAAAAAUUGUUCUUCAUUAAAUGUGAAAUCCAAUAUCUUUUUUCCCAGAUCUGAAUCUUUUCCCUUCCAUAUCCCAUCGAAAAUCAAAAACCUCACUGCAUUAGCUCAAUUUUCACCAAGAAUAUUUCGAAAAAUUAUUUUACUUAAAUAAAGUCGGAAUUGAUUUCUGUUCUUGAUUCCUUUUUCGUUUUUUUUUUUUUUUUGUUCUGAGUUUUUGAUAAAAAAUAAUGAAAGUGACCCAGAAUAAUUCGGAAAAAAUCUUCUGGGAUUCGAUUAGAACCCCAUCCGGGUCACCCAUUUCUAUGUCGAGUUCGCAGGGUAAAUCCUUGCCUAAGCUCUUGGUGUGGCUGAUUUUGUUCGUUUCAGCCACUUAUGUAGUGUAUACAUUGAAGCUCCUUUCCUCUCCCCCUAGUUGCGAAGAAGAUAUUUUCCUUACUCGCCGCAAUAGCAUUUCCCUUCAUAAAUCAUCAAACAACACAACUGCAGCAACAUCGUCGACGAUAUCCCCUAAUCAAUUGGAUGAGAAAACGGGUUUGGAACACAUAGUUUUUGGCAUUGCAGCAUCGGCCAAGCUAUGGCAAAAGAGAAAGGAGUACAUAAAGUUAUGGUGGAAGCCUGAAAGGAAAAUGAGGGGCAUUGUUUGGCUCGAUAGCCAUGUAAAAGCUUAUAGAAAUGAAUCUGGGAGGCUCCCGCAAUUGAGAAUCUCAGGUGACACGUCGAGAUUUUCUUACAAGAAUAAGCAGGGACACCGAUCCGCUAUUCGGAUUUCUCGUAUAGUAUCGGAGACUUUAAGGUUGGGGAUGGAGAAUGUAAGAUGGUUCGUAAUGGGAGAUGAUGAUACAGUGUUUGUAACAGAUAAUUUGGUGAGGAUUUUGAACAAAUACGAUCAUAAUCAGUAUUAUUACAUUGGGAGUUUGAGCGAAAGUCAUUUGCAGAACAUUUAUUUUUCUUAUGGAAUGGCUUAUGGAGGUGGGGGUUUCGCUAUAAGCUACCCUUUGGCUAAGGCUCUUGAGAAAAUGCAAGAUAGGUGCAUUCAGAGGUACCCUGGAUUGUAUGGGUCUGAUGAUAGAAUGCAGGCUUGUAUGGCUGAACUCGGUGUUCCACUCACUAAAGAACUCGGUUUUCACCAGGUGAGUUAAUGUUCUUGAUUUUUUUCAUCCCUU